UCUGAAUAUGAUAAAAACGUGUGACAUUGGCAAGUUCUCUUGUUACUUUCGCCAGUUGUCAAGAUCCUUUUAUAGCACAUUCACAUGGAGCAAUGAAAAAGUGAAUUGUUGACAUUACUGAGAUUGAAGAAGAAAACUGCCAUAUUAGGAAGACAAUGCAAUGGGGUUUUGUGCAUUUAAGGAAGGAUUGGUUUUGGAGAUAAUGUUGUUCCUGCUCAUGUGCUCUCUGCUGCCAAUUUCACUGGGAUUAGAUGCAUCUCCACCUUUUCUCUUUGGCACUGCUUCUUCUUCUUAUCAGUAUGAAGGAGCUUAUUCUAGUGACGGUAAAGGGUUGAGCAACUGGGAUGUCUUCUCUCACACAACAGGUAGUAUAGAUGAUGGAAGUAAUGGUGACGUUGCUGUUGAUCAAUACCAUCGGUAUCAGGAGGAUAUUGAUCUAAUGGAAGCUAUGAAAGUGAACAGCUACCGGUUUUCAGUAUCAUGGGCAAGAAUUCUACCACAAGGUAGAUUUGGAGAAGUUAACUUGGCGGGCAUCAACUACUAUAACAGACUUAUAGAUGCGUUGCUACUCAAAGGUAUCCAACCGUUUGUUACAUUGUUUCACUUUGACAUCCCUCAAGAACUUGAGGACAGAUACGGAGCUUGGCUAAGUCCCCAAUCACAGGAAGAUUUUCAAUUCUUUGCAGAUAUCUGUUUUAAAUCCUUUGGUGACAGAGUCAAGUACUGGGUGACUUUCAAUGAGCCAAAUUAUCUAAUCCCACUUGCUUACCGCGAAGGUCAAUUUCCACCGUGUCGCUGCUCUCGUAACUUUGGAAAUUGCAGUGAGGGAGAUUCAGAGAAAGAACCCUUUGUGGUUGCCCAUAAUAUGAUCCUAUCACAUGCAGCUGCAGUUGAUCUUUAUCGAAACAAAUACCAGAAUGAGCAAGGGGGGAAAAUUGGAAUAGUCUUACACUGCGACUCGUUUGAGCCAUUAAGCAAUUCGACAGCAGAUAGGUUGGCAACCGAAAGGGCGCAAUCAUUCAGCAUUAAUUGGAUCUUGGAUCCAAUCUUAUUCGGUAAGUACCCAAAAGAGAUGGAGAUGAUUCUAGGAACCAUCUUACCUAAAUUUUCUAGUAAUGACAAAGUAAAACUGAGGAGAGGACUUGAUUUUAUCGGCAUCAAUUACUAUGCAAGUUAUUAUGUCCGAGACUGUUUAUCAUCGGUAUGUGGACAUGGGAAAGGAGUCUCCAGAACAGAGGGCUUAUAUGAGCAAACUGUACUAAAAAAUGGUGUCCCAAUUGGAGAGCUUACUCCAUUUGAAUGGCUCAAUGUUCACCCAGAAGGCAUGAAGAAAAUUCUUAUCUAUCUAAAAGACAGAUAUAAUAACACUCCAAUGUUCAUUGCGGAAAAUGGAUAUGGUACUUUGUAUGAUCCAGAUGUUACUGAGAAAGAAUAUCUGAAUGAUUAUAAGAGAAUAGAGUUCAUGUCUGGUCACUUGGAUAAUCUAAUGGCAGCAAUAAGGGAAGGAGCAGAUGUGAGAGGUUACUUUGUUUGGUCCUUGCUCGAUAACUUUGAAUGGAAAUAUGGGUUUUCAGUAAGAUUUGGACUUUACCACGUCGAUUUUGCCACACUGAAGAGAACACCAAAACUAUCAGCAAGUUGGUACAAGUUUUUCAUUGAAAAGUAUAUAGCUGACAACACAAAAAGAAGCAUUCUCAGAAAAACUGGGGAAGAGAAUAAUACAAGUACAUAUACCGAAUACAGCAGUAGUUAUUAGAGAAGUAAUACACUCUUUUCCUUGUUUUACCCUAUUGUAUGUAUUUAAUUGGUAUCAGUAUGAAGUGUAUUCUAAGCUAUCAAGUUAUAGCUCCAUUUGAAAUUUAGCUAUAUAUAUCAAGCUAGAAUGUGAUAAAUU